GUGUAUUUUCAUGUUAUUUUAAAUUACGGAUACCAAACCCUAGGGGGAUAUAAAUGAUUUUUUCUCACCUCUAAGCCGUGUUCCUUCUUCUUGAUCGAAACUACCGUCGCCACUCUCCUUUUGAGUUUCGAUCGCACACCACGGGCAGCUAGGAGACAAUGAGAUCGGCGACUACGACAAGACCACUACGCCGCCAGGAGAUUCCUUCUCUAUUCCGACCAGACACAGCAGCGACGAUGGUCUACAGGGGCGACGACGACCGUGUUACGGUGACGAACGGCGUGACUUCUUCUCCCUCCGGCGAUGAGUCCAGCGGCGAUGGGGAAGGGCGACGUCGCGAGGCGAAUCGACGGAGACGAAUUCCGCCAGUGACCUCCCCUAUCCAGCGACCCUCGUUCCGGAGAUUCCAGCAAUUCCGGCGACGAUCUCUAUCCCGGCGAAACAGUGGCGAGGUUUGGGCAGCUCCGGCCAUCCCCUCGGAUCUUCGUCGACUUCCAGCGGCGGCGAGAGUGGAUGCGGGACCAGGGCAGGAGAAGUGGAGCUCCGGACUCAAUUUGGGUAGCGGCGGGAUUGACUGGGCAAUGACGGGUUAGCUCUGUUGGUCCGAGCAGCGUUGACUGACCUCCGGGCAGUGGCGGUUGACAUUCGGACAGCAGCGGCAAGUCCGAGAAGCGGGGUAUGACUUUCGUUACGAUGACAACGCUCGGGUGACACCCUUUUUGGAAUCCAAUCGAAUGAAUCAAGGUAAUAACAAGCUGAUCCUGGAGGGCACAGAGAUGGAGGAGAUUUACGGAUGCGGGACUCAAACCGUUAACAGAUAUGAUGGUUGUAAUGUAACUCGUUUUCUGAUAAUGAUCUAUUCAAGAUGUUUAUUUAAAAUAACAGUUUUGCUUCCGCUCUGUUUUGAACUAACUCCGAUAAACAUUUAAGUUUUAAUUGAAAUGUUUGGAUGUUUAAUUAAAUGUUAUUAAUUUAU